GCUCUUGUAAACUCCACCUUUUCCAAACUUUGGUCUUCCACAACGCCAGCUUUGUGGACAUUUCGUCCUGGGCCACCUUGGAGGACAUCGUCUUUGCUACCCUACAGAAAUACACCUGGACCAUCCUCUACCUCCACCCCUGGGUCUACCCAGCCCUGCCUGCAGCAGAGUGGGAGAACCUGCACUACCUGUUCAGUGUCUAUGUGAGCAGCUUCAUCCUGUCCCUGUCCAGUGAUGCCAGGCUGUACCAGACACCAUACCCCUUUGUGUUCCAGUGCAUGACCGGCUGUGACUUGUAUCCCAAUGGCUCCUAUAUCAAAUUCUACCAUCUCGCCUACAAUGCCCAUGACUUCCUCAGCUUUGAUGUGGACAACAGCUGCUGGGAGAGGCAGCAGGAGGGUGAGCUGGCGUCGCAAGUUGAGAGGCAGUUCAACAACUUCACGGGCUUCUCUGCGACCCUGCAGCACCUUCUCAAUGUCACCUGUGUUGAAUACAUGAAGAAAUUCAUAAAGUAUGGGAGGGCAGCUCUGGAGAGACAAG